UCCCGGCCGGGCCCCUUCGGCCAGGGGCAGCCACAGCGUUUGCGAGCGCGGCACAGCCUCAUGCGGAAUUUAUGCUUGGCUUAGACGGAGUUGGCACGGGAAGGCUCCGUCCCGGACGAAGCGGAGCCACUUAAUCCCCCGUGCUCUGGCUUGCCCUGUGAGGCCCGCUCCCUAAACCCGCUCCACAUAAUUAUUUUAGAGAGGACUAAGUGCCCCACAAACUCCAAACCCUGCCGCGUGUGAGCUCUCGAGUCUUGUCAACAGUUCGAAGAGAAAGCAAGGGCGCCCUUUGGCAGGAGACAGCCUCGGAGCAGUAACUCCACCGCACCAUCAAGGCUCAUCCCAACAUCCUGCAAGACGUAGCCCUGUCACCUCUGCUAAGGAUCAGAUGAGCAAUUAAAUUUUUACUGCUGUGCUAAGCUCACGAUAGAAGUUAAUCAAACACCACAAGUGAUGCUCUUGAUUUCUGAGCUGUGCAAACAGUUCCUCAGUAUGGAAGGCAAUGCAACUUCACCAGUUCGCAAAAUUUGGUUUAAUCAGAAUUUCGUAGCAUACACUCUGCAUAACCAGAUCUAUCCUUUUUCUACAGAGCAGGAAUUGGACAACCAGAGAUUAACUUUAGUUAGUAAAGUUAAAAUGCCUCCCUGCCUUUUUUUCUUUUUUUUUCCCAGACAAUUUCUAAACUUCUCCUGGACCCACACCAGACUAGAGUCUUUCAACAAGUUCAGAUGAAGUCCUGCAUUUACUGUACUUCCCCUCUCCAUGCAUCAAAACACUUUAUGUUACCAGUUACUUACAAAUACAAGCUCUAUAUUUUUCUAAUUCAACUGGUGUAUCAGUAAGUAAGUCAGGUUGUGAUGUGUACAAGCAGUAAAAUUGCAGUAUUCAUUUACACCUAUUUCUGGAAAAUCCCUAGAAUUAAUGAGCUGUAUGGCAAUAAGGGACAGCAGGAUUCUGCCCAGAGCAUGCUGCAGUUCACUGUAAAUUUCCAUCACUUCCAAAAGUAGCAGCACUCAUUUAGAUUGUGUUGUGCUGCAUAGCAUGGGACAAGGUAGUAAAUUGGCUCAGUAAAAUCACAGGAUGAGUGUAUAAAGGGGGAUUUUUUUAUAUAGGGAAGCCUCUUCUCUUGUCACUUCCAUGAACCCUCAGCACUAACAUGAUUAGUUUCAUCUGAAUAGGAGGAUUAAGUAUGGCCUGAAGCAGGUAAUUACCAUGAUGAUGUAGAAAGGCUUUUUUAGGUCUGUUUUGGUGUCAGACAAAUGUUUCAUACUCCUGACUAUGGCAGACCGUUUUGCUUGUUGCCACCAUAAUCUUUUAAAUUACAGAAUCUUUCAAAAAUAUUAAGUGCCUACAAAUUCAGCUUUUGCUCAUGUAUUAAGAGUUUAAAAUAUAUGCUUUUCCAGCAGGAACAUGGUAUUGCUGCACAUUUUUCCACUCUACAACUUGAACUACAUAGCAGAGAAAAAUCAGUUGUGAUUAUUGUGUGCUUCCUAGUUCGUUGUUGAACUGAGAAAGCAAAGCGACCCUGUACAAUUAAGAGAACUGACAUUUAUCAUUAAAUUUGAAUAUAGCUGGUUUCAUUUUUACUCUUACUUUUGUCAUAGUAAUAGAUGGAAACAGAGAAUUUUUGCACUGGGGGAGAGCAGAAGUGUGCUCAUUUUCUAUGGUGUAAGGUGUCCUGCCUUCCUCCUUUGAAACAGUAUUUUCUUGGGCGGACAGCCUGUGCAAACUGCAGCUAGAAGGUACUGGUUUAAAAGGCAGCAAAUACCAGCCUGAAGUGUCAGUACCCACAGCACUGCAGAAGUGAGGAGAGUGCUGCCGUUACCUUUCAGAUAUCACAGCUCAACAACUUGCUUUUUACAGUCCUCUUGGAACAAGAUGAAUGAUGGUAUUUGUAUAUCCUGCAUAAUGUUAUAUUUAAUUGUAUUAUGUUUUGGAAAAUAUAUUUAAUUUCACUCUUUGUCAUACUAUAAAAACAGAGGCAGAUGCAGAAUGUAAACAUGGUGAUUUAUUUACACUUUCUAGAAAUGUAUGGACCGACAUGGCAAUGUGUCAGAGUUAAUGCUCAUUUAAAAUAGGGAUAAUGGGCACUAACUGCGUUUUUCUACUCCUAAAUUUUCUCCUCUGUAGUAAUUUUAUCCUCCAUGUUUGUUAUAUAGGUAGUUCUUUUCUCUGGUACUGCCCAUUGUUGAGCACAGUAAUUAAUAUGGUAAUUUAAAAUUACAUAAAUUACAAUACCUCAUUACAAUGUCCUAAUUAAAAUCUUGUUUAUACAAAAGCAUAGUAUUCGUUUAAACCAUUUUAAGCAGUCACAAAUUACUCCUAUUUGCACACUACCUCUCUUAUUUCUCUGGAACUUCUUGCGUUCCAGAAGUUAUUAAUGUCGCCAGUAGUAUUCAUAAGCUCACCCUUGCAGGGUCACCAAAUUCUAGGGGUCUUAAUCACACUCCAAGAAGCAUAAAAUUGUUUGAGUGGUUGGCAUGUUCUCUGCAUCUCAAAUAUCCUAUUGUACUUUGGUGACUUCAUAAAAGGUCAUAUUCAUCUUGAUGUAGAUCCAGAACAUGGAUAUUUAUGCAUUAAUUUAAUCAAAUACUACAUCUGACUUACAUUACAUGAUUAAUCUUGUACAUUUUUUAAACUGAAUUUAAUGGUUUUCUUCUAGGAGACUACCUCAGUAAGAGGAAAGAUCAACUAAAAUUGAAUUUGGAUAUGUUGUAUCUAAAGCUGAGCUGGGGAGAUCGGUUAUCAAGAUUCAUUGGCCUACAAGUAGAUCUGCUUGGGCUUUAUAUUGGAUGCAUGAAAACAGGAGGACAAAUGGCCAGGUCAGGAAGGGUGGUAGACAGCACAGCAAAAUAUUUCCCUCACCUAUUUUGGAUAGUAAUGCAGGCAGCACAGCAAUCAUCAUCUCUCUCCAGAAGGAGAAGCAUAAACUUAGAAUCUUUUCAGAGCAUGGUGAGAUUAGGAGCUCACAGCUGGGAGGGUUGGGUGAAGGUAUAGCCUGGCCACUACAGGCCCACAUCAGCUGCUUGUCUUGUGGGCUCUAUUGCAUGUUUAGCUAAACCUCUAGCCUUUGGGUAAUCUUGGCUCAGUUUUCAAGCCUUAUCCAGUUCACUGCUGCUGUUUGUUCCUCCUGCUCUCAGCUGUACAACAAUUCCAUCAGAAAUGCAGUGACAUAGAUAAUGUGUUCAUCUCAAAAAUCAAAUAGGAAUUUUUCAGUAUUCUUGGAUGGCAGUUCACAUUUUUGUACAGUUCAUCCUAAAGGUGAUUAUGGUGUUUUUAAGUCAGCCUCUGCAUUUUAGGAUCAGGUUUGAGAAGGUAAAAUGGCAGAAUUUUACAAAGAAACAUUUUUAGAAAUCUCAUGGAAUUUUGAAAACAGGAUUAAAAAAUAUGGAUCACUUUUGAAGAGAGAGGAAAAUAGAGGAAAAAAUUACAUCAUUCUUUUCACUAUUGUAGGGUUAGUUUCCACAACACCAACAGGAAUAAAGAGGUUGCUACUGCUGAGCGUUGAACCUGACCCACUUACAUUGAAUUAACUUUGCAUAAAAGUUAAAAUUUUUGCAUGUAAGUACAAGGUGAGUUCAAAUGCAUUGGAGAGUUUGAGUAGGUGGCAAUCUAAUGUACACUUUGAGUUUCAAGAUGCAUAGAGCUCAUCCAUGAAGCUGAAAUUCUGCAGCCUGAAGAACAGAACGGCUACAGAACUAUUUCAGUGCAAUUGUGGCUGUAUGUAAGAAAGUUACUAAUCACAGUAUCAUUUUCUGUCUCUUCCUUCUGAUCCCAAACACCCUUGCAGUGAAGAGAAAGCCAGUAAUCUUUUGCUAAUGACAGUCUUUUUUUCCAUUCCCUUUCCAUCAACAAAUUUGUCUCUUAGGAUCACUUUUACUAACAGACAGUCAUUCUACUCAGAGCACUCAUUCCAUGUUCUGUACCAUUUUCUAAAAUGGAUCCUUUGCCAACAAAAGAAAACAAAAAAACAUUAAAAUUGACAGAUGUACCCUAGAAGAAUCUUUGUCACUUUGGAACAUUUUGGGGAAUUUAACAAUUUGACAAACAAUUUAUGAUACUCAUACUUAACAUUUUUUUACCCCAGCUGUAACAAACAAAUGCAGAGAGGUUAUCUUGACUGUAAGUCCUAACAGCUGUGAUUGAGACAAAGCACAUAUGAAAUAAAAUUGCUGGUCUAAUAAUUUUUGGUCUUAUCUUCAGAUAAAUGAUGGAUUAUACUAAAAUUACUUUGAGCUUUCAAGUGAAUUGCAAAAAAGGAUAGGAAAAUAUCAUGUGCCAAAUGACAUGCUGUUAGUAUUCUCUGCUGCACCAUCAUGUGAAAGAACUACACAUUUUGGCCUUUAGUCAGGUGUCUUUUACAAUUUUCAUUCCAUUUGUGUUUUGUUUGAUAGCAAAACUGUCCAGGUAUUCACUAUAUAACAAGGCUAGCUAGAAUGCUUGGUUACUAUUUGUGGUGUUUAUCUCCUUUUAUUGUAGCUGAGUAGCAUUUCUCCUGUAGGCACAGAAAACGGGUAAUAACCGAAGACGGCCUCACAGCAGGAAAGUGAGAUCAGAUUGGCAAUGCAGCAGUAAGUGGCAUGAUUGAAGACAAGACAAAAAGCAGGCUACAGCAAAAGGUGUGAGCUUCAUAUUUUCUCCCUGAAACAAGGUUAUAGCUGAAGAGUUCAAGAUGAUACCAAAUUACUCUACUGAAGAAACUGUUAAAAGAAUCCACGUGGACUGUCCUGUUUCAGGAAGGCACAGCUACAUCUACAUUAUGGUGCCAACCGUUUACAGCAUCAUCUUUAUCAUAGGCAUAUUCGGGAACAGUCUGGUCGUUAUUGUCAUUUACUGCUACAUGAAAUUAAAAACAGUAGCCAGCAUCUUUCUUCUCAACCUGGCCCUGGCUGACUUGUGUUUUUUGAUAACUCUGCCCCUCUGGGCUGCCUACACGGCCAUGGAGUACCAGUGGCCUUUCGGCAACUGUUUGUGCAAGUUGGCCUCGGCAGGGAUAAGUUUCAACCUGUACGCCAGCGUGUUCCUGCUCACCUGCCUGAGCAUCGACCGCUACCUGGCCAUCGUGCACCCGGUGCAGUCGCGCAUCCGCCGGACCAUGUUUGUAGCCCGAGUAACCUGCAUCGCCAUCUGGCUGCUCGCCGGCGUGGCCAGCCUGCCCGUCAUCAUUCACCGCAACAUAUUCUUUGCUGAGAAUUUGAACAUGACGGUCUGUGGCUUUCGCUAUGAAAGCAAUAACACGACGCUCCGGGUCGGGCUAGGUUUAUCCAAGAACUUGCUGGGCUUUUUGAUUCCUUUUCUAAUCAUAUUAACAAGCUACACCUUAAUUUGGAAGACACUGAAGAAGGCAUAUCAAAUUCAAAAAAAUAAGACUAGAAAUGAUGAUAUUUUUAAGAUGAUUGUGGCAAUUGUGUUUUUCUUUUUCUUUUCCUGGAUUCCUCAUCAAGUGUUCACUUUUCUGGAUGUGUUGAUUCAAUUACAUGUAAUAACAGAUUGCAAAAUCACCGAUAUUGUGGAUACAGCUAUGCCCUUCACUAUUUGUAUCGCUUACUUUAACAACUGCCUGAAUCCUUUUUUUUACGUUUUUUUUGGAAAAAACUUUAAAAAAUACUUCCUUCAGCUAAUAAAAUACAUCCCACCAAAUGUCAGCACACAUCCAAGCCUAACAACAAAAAUGAGCUCCCUCUCCUAUCGGCCACCGGAAAAUAUCCGCUUGCACACUAAAAAGACUGCUGGGCCUUUCGACACCAAUUGAGGCGUUUUGCACAGUUCUUCUUUUGAACAACCUUGUGUGCGAAGCAGCAAGAACAACAAGAUUCAUCUGCGGUCCUGAACAUCGCAGCUCAUUCCAGCAACACUGGAUCACCUCCGAGAAAUCAUACUGUAAAGAGUCCGCAGUGGCCUUUCAGCUUACAUUGCAAAGAGGACUGAUUCGUUUUCAUUUUGUUCUCCUUUACUGAAAGCAGCGUAAGUGUUGGACAGGCAUGUCAGAGUUCCUGCCAGCAUCCCACCGUCCGCUUGGAGCUACGAAGGAAGGGGAGGGCAAACUCCUAACUUAAGUUCACAGGUGUUUCAAAAGGAAAAGCUUGUGUAAAUAACAUGAAAUACAAAGAACUUGAUUUGCAUAUAUGUGAGCUAUUCUGUUGAAGGAGUGGAGCUUUGUUUCUUGUUUUGUUGGUGUUUUUUUUUAAUGACAUAAAUGUCUUAUAAUCAUAUUUAUAAUAUAUUUUCAAAUAUAUGUUAUAUAUAGAGGCCCAAUUUUAAACUCAAAUGGAAAUUUAAGGUUCUCGAAAUUGGUCUUAUUCUGAUUUAUGCUACUAUUUUUUUUAAUGGCAAUUUUUUCAUAAUAAUAUAUGCAAUAAAAUGCAGAUUUAUUUAUUAAAUAUAGAAUAAAUAUAUUUUUAGAUUUAUAUUCCUACUCAUACAUUUCAAACAUUGCUUCAGAAAUGUACAUUAUAUUUAUAUUCCAGUGGGUAUUUUUAUAGUAGUUAAAAAAAAUACCAUAUAUGAGCACACAGAAAUGGGGUUCACUCAGCCUUUCCUCAAGAUAAGCCACCCUGACUUCGAAGAACUUUACAUACAGAGGGAGUUGACUCCAUACUCUGUAUGACUAAAAGUAAAAUUCUGUAUUUGAAAACAUGAGUUCUAGGAAAGAGGUGACCAGAAAACUUCAAGCUAUUUGUCUGUUAUAACCAGGACACUCAAUGAAAGAAGUUACCAAUUAAUCAAAUCCACUUAGUUUUUCAAAUUCCUGCACAUUCAGUAAACUCAUAUACUGAUAAGCAAAAAUUUGACAAUGCUUAUGUAUCAGUUUAAUUAAUAAUAUUUUUAGUCCCAUCACAAAACAUCUGAGAUCAAACUUUACUCUUGGCUUUUACAGAAUUUCUCUCCAUUUAUAUGAAAUUAUGCCCAGGGUAUUUGCUCCCUGUAGAACAUUUCAUUAUUUAUAUUGAACAAAUUCAGAUUUAUACUAGCAUAAAUCAGAACUAAAAUCUGGCUCAAACUCUCAAUGCAAAUCAAGAGGAAAGGUGAUAAGUACUGUAAGAAGUUUCCACCAAUUAUAUCCUCAUAUGUGUCCUUUUUACCUCAAAUAAUGAGCUUCAGAUAAUAUUUAUGUUUGAUUCACACCCAUUUAUUGUCCUCAAAAAUAACUGAGUUCAUAAGUACUUUUUGAGAUUACAAAACGUAAGGAAAAAUCAAAAACUUUACAUGUAUCAUGUAGAAAACUACAUACCCCUUAAGAAUUUGCAGUAUUUGUAGUCUUCAAAAUCUUAUGUCUAAUGUGGCUUUGUCUCAAGUAGUGAGUGGUUGGAUUAUCCAUAUUUUCUGAUGAUCAAAAUCAAAACCUAGCAAAACAGUUAUUUCUGUAGUUUAAUACUUUUUAAGGAAAAAAUGAGGCUAUAACCAGGUCUAGAAAUUUUCCUAGUCUUUCAUUCACUUAUACUAAAGAAAGUUUUUUUCAAUUUUGCCUUUGUUCUUCCAGCUGCAAAAAUGGGAACGUGUCUACUCAUAUACAUCAUAAGGCGCUGUGACAGGUCACAACUUCUAAAGCUGUAUGUUACAAAAAAUCUCCUUCAUUUUAAGUUAAUUUAAUUGCAAGCUAGUGCCUCAGCAUUUGAAGCCUGAACAUCAUUUAACUGUGUCAUAAAUUUAAAGACAUAUUUAAAUUGUUAUACUGAAUAUUUUCUGUUUAGUUUAUAUCCUUACAUGUGAGACAGACAUUUGUUUAAACUGAAUAUGGCAAUAACCCCAUGCAUUAUCACUAGCACCCAGAACAGGACCUGUGCCCCAGCACUCUCUAAGUUGACAAAGGACUGGCAGAGAUUGCCAUUUAUCUGUAUAUUUUGUUCAUAGACACACAUGCACGUGCUGAGCUGCAUCAGGAGCUUGCCCUGGCAGAAGAAUCUCUGUACAGCCCUAAUUCUGCGUGCUGUGCUUGCCACCUGCUGGAUGCAGCCACAAAUUUGCUUUACAUCUCAGAAGCUGUUACAGGAAGAAACAUCUACACUUCCCUGUCACCUGAAGGAUCUGAAGAUACUCACCUGUGGCAAAACUCCUGCAUAAAUAAAACACAGACUUGUCCAUCUGGGAGGCCAGUAACUUCCUUGGCAGGGUCUAAGCAAGCAUUUCCUCAUCACCUGCUCAUCCCUUUGGUCACUGAAAUCCAAUGUCCCCAGUGACCACAAUAGGGAGCACAUUUGCAAAACAUCAAUUGCAUUACUACAAGAGCCAUCUCAAAGAGAAGACGUAAAAAUCAAAGCCAUUGGUUACUGAUCAUUUCAUGCCAGAUCCUGCACUUUUAAGAGGCUAUGUAUCCUAAGCUGCUGGGCUUAUCUGCAUCUGCCAUGUGAAAAAGCAGGAGCAUGAGCAUUCAGCUGUGUAACUGAAGGAAACGUAGGAGGGGAUUGCACCUGGUGGGCUCUGAGGGCAGCACUGGCCGUGAAUGGAUAGGCAAAGAAAGUGGAGGGGAAAGCUUUCCUAAAUGAUGCAGGGAAAUUUUCUUUCUCCUAAGGAGUAAGAAAACAAUCAUCAGCUGCCAAAUAUGUUAGCUCCUUAAAAGAAAAUAAAACUUCAGCAAAUCAGCAGAUACUGAAAAGAAUCUAGGGAUAAAAUUCUCUCGCAGCUCUAACUGGGCAGCAGCAGAAAGUAAACCUUUUGGAGCACAGAAUUACUGUGUAGAGCCAGAUGCUGCAGUUUCACAACACCCCAAGCUGACAGCUAAGGGAAGAGCCCAGGGGAAGGACACCCACACCACUUCUAUCAUGUAUCUGCAGCCAAGGUGCUGAGAAACACAUUAUUGCUGAGCCUUACACUGCCCUGCCCCCCUGCAGGCUGGAGACCUGUGCAUGAGGCAGGCAGAGCACAGGUGGGGCAGAGGGGACAGUCUGGCCUUUGCUGGGGACCCUUGGCCAUGUGGUCUCUACUGAGGGGCAGGUGGAGAUGGCCAAAGUAUCCUUUGGUGCAAGGACCUACCCAGUGCCAACAAAGGAGGGAGUAAGAUUUGACUCUGUAUGACUGCUAUCUUUGAGGAACUUUGGGUUGAGCCCUCUUAAUAUGAAAAAAAAAAUGGCUGUAGAUGUUUAAGGACAAAAUCCCACUACAUAAAGAACACAAAGUUAAUUAAUAUGCAAUAAAUAGUAUGCAAUUAUUUUUAGGAAUAUCCACAGUGCUUUUCUUGUGGUGACAAAAGUAAAAUACUACAAACUCUUAGUCUGUCCUUGUACUCUCCUGUUGUGAGGAACCCAGGUCAGUACUAAUGGGAACAAAAUAUAACCCUAAGUACAGGCAUUACAACCCCUGUUCCACCAUAAUUUUAUUUGUUUGAAUGAACACCUUUUUUUUCUGCUGAAUAAUUACUGAAUUACAUAUUUGACAUGUACAUGCAUAAUAUUUAUUUCUAUUUAUUGUGCAAUAGUACUUUAUAUGACUCAUGUUUUGUGUUCUGCUCCCUACUUGCUUGUCCAUUGUAUGCCCAUCCUAAACCAUACUGAGUAAUCUAUACUGGUUAGCCCAAGUUCCAACAAAACCAUUACAGAUGCAGUGGGGAUUAAUCUGUCUUCUUGGCCUAACAAUUUCCUCGUAUUUACAUUGUUCAUCAAGAGGGUGCAGAGUAAGCACAAGUCCUUUACUUUACCAGCACUAUUAUUAUUAUUGUUUAGGUGAUAGCUUCCAUUGUCUACUUCAAACUGUGGCAUCAGCAGACAAUACAGUAAGUUUUCUAGGUUUGGUUUAGUUUUGCUUGAAUAGCUUCAGCAAAGGUUUAUUUUGAUAAACUUGACCUCCUUUUUAAGAAUGCAGGUAUUCCCAGGGAAAUAUUUGCUACUGAAAUGAGAAACAAAUCCUUAGGAGAGGGUGGUUGAAGGCUUAAAACACGGACUUGUUGAACUUGGAAAUAUUAAGUGUUAAAUGUAUAUAUUUAUUUUUAGUUUUGCAACACACUGGGAGGAAAAACACAUACACACACACGCACACACACACACACACACACAGAGGCACAAAAAGAAUUUAUCUUUCAGCUUAGUAAAACCUUCCAGAAAGUUUUGAGAGACCCUAAGUUUCUUAAUAACAUCCUGCUCAGUUUAGAACAUGUCAAACCAUUUCUGUACCACUCAUAAGGUCAGGGCUCCAGCCCUGCUCUUCUGCAUUGCUUUAUAGGCUUGGCCAGACCCUCAUCCCACCAGCUCGUGCAAAGUGAGGGCUGUUCUAUCAAUCACUGAGAGCACCUCAACAGCGACCUCCCAGCCAAGGCUGAACUAACAAAUCCUCAAUGUUACAGCCCAGCCGUCACGCUCAUUGUCACCAGUGAGCUCUGCAGAUGUGACAGGACACUCGAGGGAUAGGGACAGAUCAGAUCGUGUCUGAGAACAGCAUUGUGUGAUCUUUUCAGUGGACUAGUGCCAUGGGAUCCAGCUUUGUAGUUGGCAAGUUAGAUAACAAAAACUAGGUACUAUUUUAUUUUCAAUAUUUUUGUGCAGUUAUAAUUUGUGACUUGUGGAUGUUAAAUGUUUCCUAUUUCAAUAGAGAGAGUUUUAUAUCAUAGAAGUUUAGCUUGAUUAUGUAACAACUUUAUUGUCUGAAGUGUUACUAAAAACAUACAGGUCAUCAAUAAAUGUCUUUGUGAAAGUCAUCUUCACUUCUGUAUUAAGCACCCAAAGCAAAGAGGUCUGUUACUGUGUUAUUGUAGGUACUAUGCUGUCAUCUGUAUAACUAUAUAUAGAUAUAUAGAUAUAUAUUAGGCAAUAUCAUCCUCAUUUCUGUGUAAUGCUGUAACAUUUUAUACCACUAUUCCUCAUUUCUUUUAACCCCUAUCCUAAUCCAGUUCUCCCUUAAAUAUUUGAGAUGAACAGGUUGUGUCUGUAAUUCACAAAGGAGAGGAUACCAGCUAGCUCCAAAAUCGGAUGUAGAACAGCAGUUCAGUAAUUCAUUUCUGUAUCCUAAAACAAACUAAGCUAAUAAAGUUUACUUGGAGUGAAGACUUAGCAAAUUGCUAAUUUUCCUACAUAGAAGUUGGAGUUUGAAGCCAAAUUUAGGCUUAACCUUUUAGAAACUAAAUUUAAUUUCAGGGACAGAUUUAUUUAGAUAACUGUGUUAAAUACAGGAUCACAUUACAUUAUGAAUAAUGGCCUUGAACAGGCAGACUCAGGCUGCUUGUAGCUGAGAAUUCCAUGUAAAUAUAACCACUUAGAAUAUAAGCAGUGCCACAUCAUACUGUGGCUGCAGUGGAAACAGCAUCAGGUUCCAGCAUAAUAAGAAGGGAUUGGGGAGGGGAGGAGGAGUUGACAAUGAAAUGAAUGGUAGAUUGGAUUUUGCCAUUUCCAAUUUGUAUGAAAAUACAAUAGAAUUUAGUCUUGCAUAUCCAUAGUAAACCCCACUUCAUACAGUGUCUUACAGUGUCACAUGCUGGAAAAACGUGAAAAACAGUUAAAGGUUGGGCCUGUGAAAUUUUUUAUAGCUUAUCUGCUGCAUAACUUAUUCUCCAUGUAUAUUAGUUAUUCCUCAGCUUUGUGUAUUGGCAGCUUUAUGUACUGGUAGUGUUGUUAGGCUACAAUUAAGCAAAGGCCCUGGGGCAGGAGGACAGACAGAGCCAUACCUUGGAACUUUAUCAUGAAGUGACCAGAGGUGAAAAAUUGUUAGAAUAGGGUGGAAAGCAAAGACAGUUGCUGAACAAAUACAACAUUAUAAAGAUAAUUAACCCCAUUAAAUAAAACCAUUAAACCCUGCCAUUAAAUGAUUUUUUUAAUUAUUUUUUAAACCAAAGUCAGACAAAUAAUGUAAAAUAAUAAAGCAAAAAGAAUAGAAAAUGCUGAAAGAUAAUUUCAAUUCCACUUAGAAUUACAAAGAAUUUCAAGCAAAUCCAACUCAUAUUCUCAAGCAAAUGCAAACCUGACCAUUUCUGUGAAAUUGAAUGAAUAAACAGAAAAGUUGAAGUUAACAUAUGUGUGUAAGAUACUAGCAGCCACUUUGCUACUACUGACUUUUUUUUUAGAAAAAAAGUUGAAUUAUGCACUUGAAAUUCAUCAGAUAAUUAUAUGCCUAGGAAAGGGAAACAACAUACUGCCUAUGGGCUUAGAUGAGCUUUACAUACAUAGAAUCCUCCUCCUGCUUAGCUUAGCCUGAAUCCUCUUCACGCUUAGUUUAUCACAUGGUACACAACUACACAAAAAAAAAAAAACCCAAAAGAACUAAACCAGAAAACAAAACAGAAAUAAAUUGAUUUAGUAAAAAAUAUGUAUUACAGUAGUGCUAUGCAUAUUUAUUGUUAAAUCACCUAUGAAACACUAGUCUAAACUUUGCUUUAACAAGCUUAUAUUAAUUUAAGUAAUUUUUGAGCUUUUAUAAGGAUUAUGUUUUGAACUGUAAAAAGAUCUCCAAGCAUGAGAAGAAAGAUAGUAAGAAAAUAAGAUCCAAAGCCCUCUUUCUGUACAGCAGCACCUAUAAAGUAAGGCCAGCCAUGUGUACAAUUUGCAGGAUGCCUUUCAAAGGAAGGACAUAAAUAAAUAAGUGCAUGUGAAAUGUAAUGUCACCUGCCAGAGCAUUAUUAAUGUUGAACCUGAUUUUUGUGAUGUGAUUAUUCUAGAUACAAAUGGAAAGCAUUAGAAAAGCAUACUCUGUAUACUAGAAUGUACCAUACAGUGCCAUUUCUACAUGUUAAAUUCUGAAGAAUUAUAUUCCUGGUAUUUUUUUAUUUUCUCUGCUUAUCUAUGAUGGAUCUCUAUACCAUUAUCUGUAAUUUUUACAUGAGAGUACACAGCAGAUAUGCACUGUUCUGUUGAAACAGAAAAUACUGCAUGUUCAACAGCUUUCUGUCUAACACAACUGCAAAACCAGUACCCUUUUUCACAGAGCCAUCUAUAUCAGACUGGUUGUAUUUUGAAAUACUGAAAAUAUUAAAACAAUACAAAAUAAAUGUCAGUUUAACUUAUUCUUAACUACA